CCACAAGGCCACAACCAAAGAAAUACAAAGCCAAGCCCCUCAGUCUCAGUCGUCUCUGCACUUGAAAAUCCUUGUUCUUGGAUUUGGAGCUUCUUUGUCUCUGAGGGGGUUUAAUUUGUUUGGUCUUGCUUGUCCAGUGGCCAAUGGCGAUGGCCAGGUUUAUUGCUGUAAUGCUUUUGGUGCUCCUUGCCAUUUCCAUGCUUGAAGCCCAGGUAUCGGCGGCCAGUGAGAUGCAGUACCACUUGGACAGCCGCCGAUAUGGAUCUGGGAGUUUGAAAAGCUACCAGUGCCCGUCGCAGUGCUCAAGGAGGUGCAGCCAAACGCAGUACCACAAGCCAUGUAUGUUCUUCUGCCAGAAGUGCUGCAAGAAGUGCCUGUGUGUUCCUCCUGGUUACUAUGGCAACAAGGCCGUUUGCCCUUGCUAUAACAACUGGAAGACCCAACAGGGUGGCCCUAAAUGCCCUUAAAGAGGAUCAGGAUCAGGAUCAGGAUCCAUACAUUCUCAUAUUCCUACUCCUUUUAGGCAUUACCACCACCCAUUGUCCCAUUGCUAGUUACCCUUUCCCUGUUGUUGUUUUUAUGUUUACAAGUAAUUUUGGUUUUGGGAAUUAUAUGAGUUACUAUUCCGUCGCUCCUUGGAGUUUUUCGAGUCUGUAUUUCUCAAGACCCGAAACUGAAAUGAGAGCGGCCUACCUAUACUCUGUUUCUUAUGUUUUGUCUUCGUAUGAAUAAAAUUUCACUUUUCUA